UUUGACAUUUGAAUGUGUAUCAUUUCAUUACGUGUCGAUGUAUCUGGUUUUUGUAGAUUUUUAAAAGAUUCUUCAUCAGCAUGACUGAAACUAAUCAAAAAGAAAAAGCCAUUUCACAAUUUUAUGCCGAGUUGAAUAAACUUGGUCAAAAUGGAGAAUAUGAAAGAGCAUUCAAGAUCGCCAAUAAGAUUAUUGGGUUGUCUCCGCAUGAUAGUUUAGCAUUCCAAUGCAAGAUUGUAUGUCUUAUUCAGCUUAACAAAUUCGAAGAUGCAAUUCAGCUGCUCAACAAGAAACAAGAGUUUGCUUCCCUCUUGAUAUUUGAGAGGGCUUAUUGUCAUUAUCGCAUCAAUCAACAUGUGGAAGCAUUGAAGGAAAUAGAAAAGUGCGAUGAAGAUGAUAACAGAAUAAAGGAAUUGAAAGCUCAGAUUUUGUAUCGUUUAGAAAGCUAUGAGGAAGCGGCUAAGCUCUAUAAAGAGAUGGUUAAAACAAGUAAUGACGACUAUGACGAGGAACGGAACUCCAAUUUAAGUGCUGCUCUCCUUUACUCCAAGGAAAGUGAGGUUGAUAUCGAUGAUCUCAGAGAAAACACUUAUGAAUUAUGUUUCAAUAAAGCUUGUUUAUUAAUCUCGAGGGAAUUAUAUGUUGAAGCUGAAAAAAAAUUGAAGCAAUGUGAGAAAUUGUGUAGGGAAAUGUUGGAAGAAGAGGAAGCUUCAGAAGAAGAAAUUGACAUUGAACUUGCAUCAAUCAAAAUACAGUUGGCUUUUGUUUAUCAAAAGCUAGGUCGUUUGAAGGAGGCGCAACAAUUAUAUUCCACAAACUUAAAACUAAAGCUUGAAGAUAUUGCACUGACAGCUGUAGCUUGUAAUAACAUAGUUUGCAUUAAUAAAGAUCAGAAUUUGUUUGAUUCAAAGAAAAAAAUGAAGACAGCCUUGAAUGAUGCACUUAAACAUAAACUGCCCUCUGAGUCUCGUAAAUAUAUAGCAUUGAAUAAUGCACUUUUCACUUAUUACAUAAAUCAGAACGAACAGUGCGAGAAACUUUGUCAGCAAAUUGACAAACAAUAUCCAGAUCUAGUUCUACAUACUACAAUACUUAGAUCAGCUGUGUUAUUUAAACUGAAUAAAAUGCAACAAGCCAUUGAUGUUCUGAAAUCUUUCAAGAGUACAAAUGAGGAUGAAGAUUUUUUUGUCAAACUAGCUAUUGCUCAAUAUUAUUUAGUACAGGGUAAAAGGUUGGAAGCUUGUGAAGUUAUGGAGAAUAUGGGAGAGAAUACAUAUAAACCAGGUAUUAUUGGUGCACUGACUACGAUUUACCUGGCAUUGGGCGAAGAAAAUGCUGCUCUCAAAUUAUUUGAAAAAUCCGUAACUUGGUACAAAAAAAAUAGAGUGAAGGGAGAUUUGACAAAUAUGUGGAGACAAGCAGCAGAUUUCCAUAUUAGAAAUGGACACGCACAAGUUGCAGUUAAUAGCUUGGAAGAGCUUCUGCGAUCAAAUCAAGGAGACAAAAAAAUUUUAGCACAGCUUAUAUUAGCUUUAUCGCAGUUUGACGAGAAAAGGGCUUUGGUUUUGAGUAAGGAUCUACCAUCUGUUAAAGAACUCUCAGAAGGACUUGACAUGGAAAAUAUCCAAAACAUGCAGAUUUCAUCAGUCAACGUAAAGAAGAGUCCAUCAGUUACGAAACAAGAAUCACAACCUGGUACUCCUUCUGAUGUGUCAGACGAUCGCAAAAAGAAGCACAGAAACAAGAAAAAGGGCAAGUUACCUAAGAACUGCGAUCUCAGCCAGGCUCCAGAUCCAGAGCGUUGGUUGCCCAAGUAUGAAAGAUCUGGAUAUCGUAAGAAGAGGGACCGCAGAACCAAGGAGGUUAUUAAGGGAUCUCAAGGAACUGCCUCUGGACAGGCUGAUCAAUUUGACUUCUCAUCGAAGCAUGUGGACCAAGAUUAUGAGAACUCUCCAGCUGAGCCAUCACCUAGGGGUCAUCUAAAUCAUCAGAAAAAGCAAAAGAAGAAGAAUAAAAGACGUUGAUAGUGGAUUAUUUUUCUGAAUUGUUCCAUUAGUUUUGUAAUUUGAUGACUUUACCAAUUGUUGCAUUUCAUUAAAAAAGUUUUUGUCUA